AUGAGCUUUGCAGCGGGAACACGACCAUUGCUCGGCGUUGCGAGCUCCAGUCGGCAGACGUUGAAGAAGGGGUUUCAUGACUUUAUACGAGGCCGGACACCUGGAGGGACCUACAAAGUCCCCCUCUCCUCCUCCAACAUUGUCGGUGUCUACUCUUCACGCGGUCAACGGCCCUAUCAAGAAGACACCUCCUCAGCGUUCGGACUGCAGCUACCACCCCAAGAGCUCGAGGCGAGCUAUCGAGAACGGCUCAAGACGCAAUGGGAUGGGAGCAAGGCCGGGAGCGAGUUCUUUGCGUCCCAAGUUGGGUUCUUUGGUAUCUUUGACGGGCACGGCGGCCAAGAAGUCUCCACCUACCUGAAAGAGAACCUCCACCGCCUGACGGAAGAAGCGACCCGCGCUCAAAUACCCGAGAUUGUCGCGUUUACGCAGAAGCACGGGGGUUACUUUAAGCGAUGGCGAGGUGGGGCAUUGCAGCGGUGGACGAAGAACUCGUUGUCUGAGCCAGGGACGGGAAUGAGCGUGUUGUCGAUAGAGGAGAGGUUGACGUUGGCUUUUCUACAGGCGGACAAGACGGUACUGGAGACGAUAGACCGGGCGAGGAGGUGCGGUGCGACAGCGACGGUCGGUUUGCUGCAUUCGCUGGACACGCCCGCGGAGCCAUAUUGGGCCGCUUCCAAGUUGUGUCUGACGAUAGCGCAUUGCGGGGACACCCGCGCAAUCCUCUGCAAGACCGCUACUGGCGAAGCCACGACCCUGACGGAGAACCACCACGCCGAGUCCCGUAUAGAAUCUGCUCGGCUCAGACGGAUGGGCGGUGACCGACUCAUCUCGGACAGUUUUGGCGAGAGCCGCUGGAUGGGCGUCGUGGAGAAUACGCGGAGUAUAGGAGACGGCGAGUGGAAACCUAGCGGAAUCACCGCCGAACCAGAAGUCCGAUCUCAAAUCAUUGACGGCGACGCCUACGCCUACCUCAUACUGGUAACCGACGGCCUCACCUCGCUCAUCACCGACCAAGAAAUCGUCGAUCUCGCCCGGUCUGCCCCUGAUCCGUCCAAAGCAGCACGCGCGAUCGUAUCCUUCGGCGAAGACCUGAGCGCACAGGAUAACUGCACGUGUGUCGUCGUGCCGCUCAAGGGGUGGGGCAAGGUCGGGGGACAGGAUAUUACAAAGGACCGGAGAGAGUAUCGGAGGCGGCAGGCGGGGGCGCUGAGUACGCGGAUGCAAAGGAUGUAG